GAUGAGAGAUCAAGUGACGAACAAGCCUCACAAGAAACCAACCGUGGUGCAGAUGAACCAUGCGGCGAUCACAACAGAGAUGUUCCCUCAGCGCCUGUGUGAAUGCCAACCAGGUGAACACCAGCCGAUCGAAGGAUCUGUCCAAGUCUGGGAUCAGCAACUGGGCAAGAUGAAAUCGGUGAGACGAUCGACACUGGCGGCGCAAUGGCCUGAUGGGUUUUGCGAUUGGCUGUUGAGUGGAUUGGAGGCUCUGAUGGAUGAGAGCGAGAAUAUGAAGGUUGAGCUUCAUCAACACACACCUGAUACCAGAGUGUGGGAGGCAGUGCCCGUGGAGGUGGAACCUACGGCAGAAGGACAACUAAGGCAGCAGAUGGCAGUGACAGACGGCCUUCACAGGUAUGACUACAUCUCCUUCCUGGGUGCUUCAAAUGGACUCAGCAGAAAGGUGCGCUCCACGUUGGCCCACCUUCAUGUGGCGCUGGGCCACAUCAGCAACGACAAGCUGGCCCGGAUGAUGUCACAGAAUGGGGCGAAGCCGGUGGUGUUGCAGGCCAUCAAGGACUUAGACUGCCAGAUCUGCAAACAAGUGGUGGCACCACACACCACCCCUAAAGCUGCCUACGCACGGCCCAUGUCUUUCAAUGUCAGAGCCUGUGCAGACACCUUCUAUGUUUGGGAUGCUAAGGCGACCAAGUUUGCAGUCACCCACGUCCUGGACGCUUUCUCGCUCUACCAGAUGGCGAUUGCAACGGUGGACGCCUCGGCCCAAAGCACUGUGGAAAGCCUCCUCCGGACUUUCAGCAUGUACCAUGACAUGGUGCCGCCAAGUGCUUCCUCGAGGAUGGGACUGGCUGAGAGGCAUGGGUCUGUCUUGAAACUGUUGGUCAUGAAGAUCAUCAAGGAGAAGACCAUCAUCGGCCUGGAGGAGGUGCAAACGGCGGUGGCCUCGGCGGUUGCGUCCCGGAACCUGCAGUCCCGAGUAGCAGGAUUUUCACCGGUGCAGCUCAUCUUCGGCAAGGAGAUGAGCCUACCAGGCAACCUGAUGGAGGCCAUUGCCGGUCAGUUCAAGUUCCAGAUAGCCAACCCUCAGACCAUGGAUGAAGCAAUCCAUCGGGCGAGCUCGAUCAGACGAGCGGCCACGGAGGCGUACCAGUGGUUGAAGGCGAGCGAUGCAUUGAAGAAGGCUGCCGGGUCGAGGGCGAGGUUGCCUCGGUUAGAACUGCUGGUGGAGGGCUCGAUGGUCAUGUUCUACGAGCCGCCUGUGAGUCGUCGUGGACUGGCUCGUCGCUUGCAGGACCAAGUGUCUUGGGUGGGACCAGCCGUGGUUGUGGCGGUGGAAAGGUUCGACGGGGAAGCUCUACAAGACCUGAUGAAGAAACUCCAGUCGGGCAGAGUGAAUGCAGACAUUGUGCCCGAAGAUGAGCCGGUACCUUUGCCAGCGCCUGCCGAUCCUGAUCCCCGGUACCCGCCUGUGGAGUUCAGUGACGAUGAACAACCGGUUGAGGACAAGCCCGUGCGAGUAGAGGAUCUCCACCGUGCCACUUCAGUAUUAGAUGAUAUGCCCAUUUCGGUGGCUCGGAAGAUCAAAAAGAAAGCAGACCAAGGGCAAGCUGAUAGAUCAACGAGACGCAAGCUGGAUGCGGAAGCUUCGUCUAUCAGGGCUACGGUGGCUUCGUCUUCGGCAGUUGAUCCAGCUUUGACAUCCGUCAGGCAGAAGCGAGACUUCUAUGAGACUGCCUUCAAAUCGACCCAAGAGCACCUGAAGAAGAUGAAGACGAAGCUUGAGAAAAAGGAGGCCAUGGUGGUCGUGCCCGUCCGGGAUUGUGAGCUCGCUGAAGAAGGGGGCGAGUUGGAGGCGCCGAAUAGUGCAGACCCAUACUACAGCCCAUUUUCGGAAGACACCAAUGAGACUUCACCGUCAAUGGACUCGCCAUUCAUUGAGGUUGACAUGUUUGCGGUGCCCAGCGUCUAUGAUGAUCAGGGCAACCCCCAUGAAGUCUCGCACGAUAUGUACGUGGUGGACAUGUUGAGGGAGUGCCCACCGAUCAAUGUUGACUAUGAUGUGUUGGAGGCUGACUGGCGACCUGAUGGCGAGCGGAGGAUCGGUAUCCGGCGGAGGAACCCAACGCCAUGCGUUCGUGCCAAAGUGCCUGUGGCCAAAUGGCGCACGUGCUCAAGUGUUGGACGAACUCACGAGAGCUAUGGCGAGUGCACCUUCAACCUCGACAGUACCUCUUUGCGCCGGGCGUGGUUCCUGAUGAAGACCACCCACAAGAUGCACAAGGUAUUCCUUCUGAAGUACCUGGACUACAGGGUCUACGGGCUACUCAGGAGGCAUCUCAAAGCCAAUGCAGCUUACCAGGUGUUGGUGGCUGAAGGGCAGGCGGCCAACUUUAUUGAUCCGGCCGAUGGACUACAUGCUGACCAAUCUCAUCGGUUGGAGGUAGCCUUGGAUGUGCUGGAGUGUUUUCAGGCUUUUCAGGCAACUGCUGCCCCAAUCUACUUCGAUCACGAUGCCCUCGCUCCGGUGAUGCCAGACGAGGAAGUGCAUGCAUCUGAAGUGCUACCAAGUCGAUUUGUCCUCGUGAACAAGGCUGAUCCCAAGAACACACAUCCCACGGAUGACGACUUGGCCCUGGCGAAGCUCAAAGCGCGGUUGGUGAUUGCUGGGCAUCGAGAUCAAAGGGCGGGUGACUAUGCGACCGACGCUCCGACAGCUAGUCUAGUUGCCCACAACUUCCUUUGCUUUGUGGCAGCUCAGUUUCGCUGGCGCAUGUACUUUGCCGACAUCUCCGCUGCGUUCUUGCAGGGUGACUAUCUUCCAGAGGGCCGGAGAGUUUUCGUGCAGUCACCCAAGAACUACCCGCUUUUUGUGCGCCAGUUCCUGCUCACCAAAGUGCCCCCUGGGGCGCGUACUGACCUCUUCCGCACGAAGAAGGCUGGAUUUGGGUUAGCUGAGAGUCCUCGCCUAUGGUACCAACGAUUCAGCAGGGACAUCAUGAGCAUUGGCGGCAAGGAGCUUCGACUAGCGCCGGGAGUGUUUGCAUUCUACAACCCUGAAGGGCAAGUCUGGGCGAUGCUGGCCGUCCACGUGGAUGAUGUCCGAUUCAUUGGGAGCGAAGAAGCUGAACAGAAGUUGUGGCCGCAGCUCAAGUCCCUUUUUACCUUUGGUGAUUGGGUGCACCCGAAGGAGGACACCAAGUUCUGUGGUCGGUGGGAGAGGCAGAAUGACGACUACUCGAUCACCCUGCAGAUGAACGAGUACUCGAAGAAGGUCAAAGAUCCACCAUCGAGGUCCAAUCCACAGAGCCGGCAGCCGCAGGUGAGGGCCGAUUUGCUGUAUGGUUGUUCGAGGAUUCAGCAACUGAAUGGCACCAAUGACCCAACGGCCCUCUCAGAGCUGAAGAUCCUGGUGGAGAGAGCUCGGGAACCCCGCUAUCAAGUGUUUCGUCAUUUGGGUUGCCGCAUCAACGACAUGAUGGCGCUGGCGGUGUCUGACGCUUCAUUUGGAGGAAUGCCCAAGGGUCUGCUGAAGCGCGUGGUGCGCUCAUCCCUGGCGGCGGAAGUGUCUCAGGCGGCGAUGGCCAUGGAAGAGGUGGCCGUGAUGGACUUCAAGACUGGCUACGACCUGCUGAAUGGCACAUCGCUCGCAGAGGACAAGCGAAUGGCCAUUGACGUGGCUUCGAUGAGGCAGGCGCUUCAUGAAGAUGGAGGGUCUCGGACGGUGAGAUGGGUCCCAGGAGAAGAGAUCCUAGCUGACGACCUCACGAAGCUGGUGGGAAACCAGAAGCUGAUCGCGGUCAUGGAGGACGGCAUGUGGGCGCUGAAGGAUACUGAGGAGGCAAAACGCCUCCGAGCAGACGCCGCGGUACGGAAGCGUACCUACAGGUUCAUCCGCAAGAACAGUGUCUUGCGGAGUGCAACGGAGCAGGAGGUGAAGCUGAUGCGUCGUUUGAGGACACAGGCCUCUGAGCUGGACCCUGUAGGGGCGCGCUGCUUCCUGGGGCUGGCUGGGCCAGAG